UCCCUCUGUGCCUAUAUAGAACAAAACCCCCAACUUUUCCCCACCAUCAACACUACUUUCCUCUCUUCUCUUUACCAUUCAUCAUUCCCAUCAUCGUUUCAACUCAACCAUGUCGCCAGCAUGUAUCUUUGCUCUCCUCUUCAUCUUCAUCUUCAUCAAUUCCCUCUCCUUCACCUUGGCUUCUGAUCCCGACACGCUUCAAGACCUUUGCGUCGCUCUUCCCUCUUCCGGAGUGAAGGUGAAUGGAUUCGCGUGCAAGAACGAGGCAAACGUGACGGCAGAUGAUUUCUUCUUCGCCGGGAUAGCGAAGCCCGGUGUGAUAAACAACACGGUGGGUUCGUUGGUGACUGGAGCGAAUGUGGAGAAAAUCCCAGGGCUUAACACUUUGGGCGUGUCUUUCUCCAGAAUAGACUACAGGCCUGGGGGGCUUAACCCACCUCACACACACCCUCGAGCCACGGAGAUGGUGUUCGUCUUGGAGGGAGAAUUGGGGGUGGGAUUUGUGACCACGUCCAACAAGUUCAUUUCCAAGAACAUCAAGCAAGGCGAGGUCUUCGUCUUCCCCAAGGGUCUGCUUCACUUCCAGAAGAACAACGGAGAUAAGCCUGCUUCAGUAAUUUCUGCUUUCAAUAGCCAGCUACCUGGUACCUUGUCCGUCGCUGCGGCUCUCUUCACCGCCACACCGGGUGUGCCUGAUAAUGUCCUCGCUCAAACCUUCCAGAUUGGUACUAAAGAGGUCGACAAAAUCAAAUCCAAGCUUGCUCCCAAGAAGACUUGAUUAAUUACAACGGGGCAUGGUCUUGUAAAAUUUUCCCUUUUCUCUUUACGCUAUUAAUUCUUGAAGGGUUUUGGUUGUGAUGUUGCGUCUUGCCAAACGACAUGAUAUUUGUUCAGUAUCCAAUAAUUGUAAUAGUUUAUAAGGACACUUUUACCAAUUAAACUGCGUGGAGUGUACGUGCCUUGUAAUAAUCAUAUAGCGCUUGAAAAGUGCAAAUCUUUCGUCUUUUGUUUGCA